AUGAAGCCUUUGUCCGUUUUUGCGGCGGCUCUACUCACUGCCGUGGUAGAUGCCAGUCCGUCUCCUGGAUACUCGCACAAGCUCGAUGCGCGUGCCGAAUUAGCUACAUCCCCUCCUCAUUAUCCUUCGCCAUGGAUGAACCCUCAAGCACCUGGCUGGGAAGAGGCCUACGCAAAAGCCAAGGCCUUCGUGUCACAAAUGACCCUUGUUGAGAAGGUCAAUUUGACGACUGGUACUGGAUGGAUGAGCGAUAAUUGUGUCGGCAAUGUUGGAGCUAUCCCUCGACUGGGACUCCGAGCUCUCUGCAUGCAGGAUGGUCCAUUGGGUAUUCGUCUUUCCGACUACAAUAGUGCUUUCCCCGCUGGACUUACUGCUGGUGCCACCUGGUCUGAGCAUCUUUGGAGAGACCGUGGAAAGGCUAUGGGCGCUGAAUCCAAGGGCAAGGGCAUCGAUGUCGUUCUUGGUCCUGUCAGCGGCCCUCUUGGUCGUGCUCCUACCGGUGGUCGCAAUGCUGAGGGAUUUGGUACUGAUCCAUAUCUCCAGGGCAAGGGUCUUGCCAACACUGUUAUUGGUAUUCAGGAUGCUGGAGUCAUUGCUUGUGCCAAGCACUACAUUGCCAAUGAACAAGAGCAUUUCCGACAAGUCGGCGAGUCCGUUGGCCGUGGCUUCAACAUUUCCGAGUCUCUGUCCUCUAAUAUUGACGACAAGACUCUGCAUGAAGAUUAUGCUUGGCCCUUUGCUGAUGCCGUCAAGGCUGGCGUUGGCUCCAUCAUGUGCUCGUAUAACCAGAUCAACAAUUCAUACGGCUGCCAGAACUCGAAGCUCCUCAAUGGUGUUCUCAAGGACGAAAUGGGCUUCCAGGGAUUCGUCAUGAGUGAUUGGCAGGCACAGCAUGCUGGCGCCGCCACUGCAGUUGCUGGCCUGGACAUGAGCAUGCCGGGUGAUACCUCCUUCAACACUGGCUAUAGUUUCUGGGGAGGAAACCUGACUCUUGCUGUCAUCAAUGGUACCGUGCCAGCGUAUCGUAUCGAUGACAUGGCCAUGCGUAUCAUGGCUGCCUUCUUCAAGGUUGGCAUGACUCCUGGCAAGCAAGUCCCAACCAGCUUCAGCUCCUGGUCUCGUGAUACUUUUGGCUACCGCCACAUGGCUGCCAAAGAAAACUAUGAGCAGAUUAACUUCCAGGUCGAUGUGCGCCAGAACCACGCCUCACAUAUCCGCGAGUCUGCCGCCAAGGGAACCGUUAUUCUCAAGAACACUGGAUCUCUGCCAUUGAACAAGCCCAAGUUCCUUGCCGUCAUUGGUGAGGAUGCUGGCCAAAACUCCAAGGGCCCUAACGGUUGUGAUGAUCGUGGAUGCGACGAUGGUACUUUGGCUAUGCUCUGGGGUUCCGGCACUUCCCAGUUCCCCUACCUCAUUACCCCCGACAGCGCUCUUCAGCGCCAGGCUAUCGAGGAUGGUUCACGAUAUGAGAGCGUUCUCAGCAACUACCAGUGGGCGGCUACUCAGAAGGUUGUUGCCCAGCCUAAUGUUACUGCAGUCGUUUUCGUCAACGCCGAUAGCGGUGAGGGUUACAUCAAUGUCGACAACAACGCUGGUGACCGCAAGAACCUUACCCUCUGGAAGAACGGUGAUGAUUUGAUCAAGAAUGUCUCUUCCAUCAAUCCCAACACCAUUGUUGUCAUCCACAGCGUCGGCCCAAUUCUUGUCACUGACUGGUACAAGAACCCCAACAUUUCCGCCAUUGUUUGGGCUGGACUUCCUGGACAGGAGUCCGGCAACUCCAUCACCGAUAUUCUCUACGGAAAGACUAGCCCUGGACGUUCUCCAUUCACCUGGGGCCCAACUCUCGAGAGCUACGGUACCGAUGUUAUGUACAAGCCCAACAACGGCAAUGGUGCUCCUCAGCAAGACUUCACCGAGGGACCUUUCAUUGACUACCGCCACUUUGACAAGGCCGCCCCCAACAAGAACAGCCCCGGUGCUCCCAUCUACGAAUUCGGUUAUGGUCUGUCAUGGUCCACCUUCAAGUACUCGAAUCUUAAGGUUCAGAAGCACGAAGUCCGACCCAUGUCGCCUCCCAAGGGCAAGACUAUUGCUGCCCCUACCUUUGGCAACUUCAGCACCAACUUGAAGGAUUACGCUUUCCCACCCUACAUCCGCUACAUCUAUCAAUUCAUCUACCCCUGGCUCAACACCACCACCUCUGGCAAGGCUGCUUCUGGUGACCCUCACUACGGUCAGACUGCCAAGCAGUUCCUCCCCCCUGGUGCUACCGACGGCUCGCCCCAGCCCAGACUUGCCUCCUCCGGUGAGCCUGGCGGUAACCGCCAGCUGUGGGAUGUCGUGUACACUGUCACUGCGACCAUCACCAACACUGGCAAGCGCAUGAGCGACGAGGUUCCCCAGCUCUACGUCAGCCUGGGUGGUGAGAAGGAGCCCGUCCGUGUCCUCCGUGGCUUUGACCGUAUCGAGCGUAUUGCCCCUGGACAGAGUGUUACUUUCCGCCACGAACUCACCCGACGUGAAAUCAGCAACUGGGAUCCCGUGUCUCAGAACUGGGUCAUCACGAAGGCUCCCAAGAAGGUGUGGGUUGGUAGCAGCUCGCGUGACCUGCCCCUGAGCGCUGUUCUCAACUAA